GUGAAAGUAAAGUGUGAAACUCCACCACCCUUUUCCUCCGUUAUUUCUGGAACAGACGUCGUGUUACAUUCUGUUAGUUGCCAAAUUAGCCUUUCGACUGUUUUGGUUUAUUUUUCUAAACUCCAAAUAGUUUUAUUCACCAGUUACAAACAGCUUUACCUUGGAGUCAGACUUGUUUUGUUAGUGAAAUGAAGACGUUAACGACCACGGCGGCCUGGAGUUUUGGUAUUCUGUUCAUCAGUGUUUCAUUGAUAACGACAGGGUCGUCUGAGGUUGUUGGACCGGCUGACCCAGUCGUUGCCUUAGUUGGUGAUGAUGUCAUUCUACCAUGUUCCCUGAAACGCAGUGUCAGUGCUGAGGACAUGCUAGUGGAGUGGACAAGAUUGAACCAGACAAGAUUGAACCAGACAAGAUUGAACCCGAAAGCAGAAAUCGUCCAUCUUUACCGUGACGGUCGAGACUCCUAUGUGGAUCAGUUUCCAUCCUACAGGAGAAGGACAUCAAUGUUUCAUGAAGAACUGAAGAAGGGCAACAUCUCCUUAAAGCUGACCAGAGUUACUGUCUCUGAUACUGGAAGAUACAGGUGCUUCAUUCCAACACUGACCAGCGAGGUGAAGGAAACCACCGUUCAACUCAUUGUUGGUGCUGUAUCUCAGCCAGUGAUCUUCUGUUUUAUCUGUAUCUGUGCUGUAUCUCAGCCAGUGAUCUCUGAUUAUCUGUACUCCUGUGGAGGUGCUGUAUUCAGCCAGAUCGUUUACUCUCUGUACUGUGUGCUGUGCUAUGUUGCUGUUCUCAGCCAGUAUCUCGUGCUGAUUCUCAGCCAGUGA